AUGGUGGCACGUGAAAUUACACCGAGUGCGGUCGGCCGUGAGAGCACCGCACUGAAUGUCGGUAAUGACAUUUUUGGCCAUAUGCCAUUUAGUGUGGGCGGCCGUGAGGGCACCACGCUUAACGCCGGUAAUGGCGUUGUUGGCGAUUCGCCAUAUGGUGUGGGCGGCCGUGAGGGCACCACACCUAAUGUCAGUAAUGAUAUUGUUGGCGAUACGCCGUAUAGAGUGGACGGCCGUGAGGGCACCACGCUUAACGCCGGUAAUGGCGUUGUUGGCGAUACGCCGUAUAGUGUGGGCGGCCGUGAGGGCACCACACCUAAUGUCAGUAAUGACACUGUUGGCGAUACGCCGUAUAGUGUGGACGGCCGUGAGGGCACCACACCUAAUGUUGGUCAAGACAAAAGCUCUCGUGUAGAGCGUCUCGAAGAGACAAUCGAGACGCCGAGUAGCAGCUGUAAAGCGCCAGGCGUCCUCACAGUCACAUAG